UGCGUGCUGCGGGGGCGGAGCGGGGGCGGCGGUGGCGGCGGUGGCUGCACGGACGACCUAGGAGCUGCUGGUGCCCGGUAACGGAGGCCGCCGCAACCACCCGAGCCCGGCCCGCACCCCCUCCGGGACCAUGGAGAUCGGCACUGAGAUCAGCCGCAAGAUCCGGAGUGCAAUUAAGGGAAAAUUGCAAGAAUUGGGAGCUUAUGUUGAUGAAGAGCUUCCUGAUUAUAUCAUGGUAAUGGUGGCUAACAAGAAAAGUCAAGAGCAAAUGACUGAGGACCUUUCCCUUUUUCUAGGGAAUAACACAGUUAGAUUUACUGUAUGGCUUCAUGGUGUAUUAGAUAAACUUCGCUCUGUAACUACUGAGCCUUCCAGUCUAAAAUCUUCUGAGACCAAUAUCUUUGAAAGUAGUUUGCCUUCAAACAAGACCAGUUUAAGUGGAGGAGAUGAAAGAAGACAUGAGGACACAAUGCUACCUCUUGCUGUUUCUAGCACUCGAUCUGAAAAAAAUGAUUCCAGAGUUUCUACAAGUUCACAAGAUCACAGAACCUCUACUAUCAGGCAGCCUUAUGAUGAUGGAACUGCAGCUCGACUCAUGUCAACGGUGAAACCUCUCCGAGAGCUAGCCCCUUCUGAAGAUGUAAUUGAUAUUAAACCAGAACCAGAUGAUCUCAUUGAUGAAGACCUAAAUUUUGUUCAGGAAAACACUCUUUUAUCACGGAAAAAACCUAUUGUGACAGUUACAUACAGUUCUUCUCGUCCUUCUGUUGAAAUCUACCGACCUCCGGGAAGUCGAAAUACAGAUAGCAAUGCACAUUUACACAGGUUGCAUUUGCAGCAGCAGAACAGUAUACAGACUGGCAAGCAGCUAGACGUACAGACCAGCAGGUCAUUUGAAACAGUACAUCUGUGUGAAUCAGAAGCAUUUAGUGGCUUAGCAGAGACCUAUAGGCCUAUCACCAAAGCAAACUCUGAUAAAAUAAGCAAUGAGGAAGAAAACUUUCGGAAGAGAAAGUUACCUGUGGUAAGUUCAGUUGUUAAAGUAAAAAAGUACAAUAAUGAUGGAGAAGAGGAAGAGGAAGAUGAAGAAUAUGGAUUACGUAUAGGAAGUGUGUCUAGCAGUGUGUCUGUCCCAGCAAAGCCUGAAAGAAGGCCUUCGCUCCCACCAUCCAAACAAGCUAACAAGAACCUAAUAUUAAAAGCUAUAUCAGAAGCUCAGGAAUCUGUUACAAAAACAACCAACUAUUCCACAGUCCCACAGAAACAGACGGUUCCAGUUGCUCCCCGAACUCGUACUGCUCAGGAAGAAUCUCUGAUAGAAGUGGUCCAGGGGCAAAGCAGGCUGCCCAGAUUAAGUCCCCCAAUUCAACUAGAGGAAGCAAAAGAACAGAGUGUAGAAAGAAUUCAAGGAACUCAACAAAGGCAGUUGUUUUCCCGACUGCAAAUUGACCCGGUAGUGGAGGAAACUUUACAGAUGAGUCAAGAUUACUAUGACAUGGAAUCCAUGGUCCAUGCAGACACAAGAUCAUUUAUCCUGAAGAAACCAAAGCUGUCAGAAGAAUUGGUAGCGACACCAAACCAGGAAUCUGGAAUGAAGACUGCAGAUACCCUUCGAGUUCUUUCAGGACGCCUUAUACAAACUCGAGAUCUUGUACAACCAGAUAAACCUGCAAGUCCCAAGUUUAUAGUGACACUGGAUGGUGUCCCCAGCCCCCCAGGAUACAUGUCGGAUCAAGAGGAGGAGGACCUAAGUUUUGAAGGAAUGAAACCAAUAAACCAAACUGCAUCCACGAUCAAGGGAUUAAAAGGCCUCCGCCCACAGCAGUCACAGUUGAUGAGCAGGCAACUGGAUGACCCAGAUGGGAGUCUUUCAAAUGUUGAGAUGAGUGAAUUGAGUAUUACACAGAAACCAGAGAAACUGCCAGAGCGCUGCAAGUACUGGCCUGCCUGCAAAAAUGGGGAUGAAUGUGCUUAUCACCAUCCGACUUCAUCCUGCAAAGCUUUUCCCAAUUGUAAAUUUGCUGAAAAAUGCUUGUUUAUUCAUCCAAACUGUAAAUAUGAUGCAAAAUGUACUAAACCAGAUUGUCCCUACACUCAUGCCAGUAGACGAAUCCCAGUGCUGCCUCCCAAACCAGCACCAGCACCAACAUCUUCCAGUAGUCAGCUUUGCCGUUACUUCCCAGCUUGUAAGAAAAUGGAAUGUCCCUUCUAUCAUCCGAAACACUGUAGAUUUAACACUCAGUGUACAAGACCUGACUGCACAUUUUACCAUCCAGCAAUUACUGUGCCACCACGUCAUGCCUUGAAAUGGACUCGACCUCAAACCAGUGAAUGACAACCAGACAUAGUAGCUAGAAAGAAGAUCAUGGAUUUUAAAGCUCCCAUCUUUGAACUCUACUGGUGAAAGACAUUCUACAAAUUUAUCAGAUCUUUUGAACUUGGAAUAUAUUGUUUUCAUAAUAUGAAGUUUGUUGCCUAUUUGAAGUGUCUAAUUUUUCAAAUUUGUAAGUUUUCUUAAGUGGUUUUAACAUGGGUUUUUUACUAUGAAGAGAAGUCAGUGUGUAAGGUUAAAAAAAAAACCUUUAAAUUCCAUUAAAACAUUUUGAGGCAUGGUUUGUAUCCUGCUAAUUUGAGUCCUAGUGUUUAUAAAAUUAGAAUCUGAGUGUGGUGUUAUCUAAAGUAAUUAAAAGACUGAUUGUAUCAUUUCUAUGAGGCCUAUAUUAGUGCUAUGUACAUAAAUACAAUUGCCCUAACCAGUUUGAAAUGAGCAGGGGAAUACUAAGAAUAAAAAUAGUACUGGGUGAAACAUCAAGUGAUUUUUUUUUUCCAUUUUGAAAAGCAUGGAGAGAGAGAGAGAGAAAUGUAGACUUUGCAGUUUAAAUACAGACUCAUUGCUUUGGAAGUUGUUUUUGAAAGUUAGAUGUGAUCCACUUACCUGAGUUUUUUUCCAUAGCAAAUUUGUGACUAAAAGAAUAGAAGGGAAGGCUGUUUGCUUUUAGUAAAACAUUUAGAAUGGUAACUGCAAAAAUGUGUACAAUGUUCAAUUCUUUAAAAUGUUUUCAUUUACUGUUAAGUUACAUAUGCUUUUUUCAGUAAAUCUUUUGGGAAUGACAUUUUCACAAAAAAUAUACAAGAAGAUUUUUACAAGUAUAUACACAAGAUGUCAUAAAACAGUUGCUACACAAUUUAAACUUUGCUUUAACAAAUAUAUAGCUUAUACAUACAUCUUCACAUUGUGAAAAAUUAAUGUACCAGGAAAUUAAAAUUGUGUGGACAGCAUACUUGCAGGUUUUUUUUUUUAAACGAAGCAGAUCUGAAUUACACAUUUGAAAAUUACAGGACUAUAAAGUUAAUUGUAAAGGAUUAAAUGCCCAAAUGGAUAAAGAGGAACACAUUUAAAAAUAUCUUUCACAUGUUGUAUGACUAUGCCUUUGAGGCCAUUUAACAUACAGAAAAAAAAAGCUCCAUUUGGUUAAAAGCAAAGAUUGUUUAUACAUCAGAAUGAAACAAUUACGGAAUAUUGGCUUUGAAAAACAUUUCUUUUCAGUUGAAGAAAAGAUUAGAAACAUUGAUUUUCAAAAACAAAUUUGAAUAGGAGGCAAGGAACUUACAGAGUUGAAUUUUUUCCCCUCACGUAAGUUAAUUUAAAAACAUGUUGCUAACUCUUUCAUAAUCUAUUUUCCAAUUGUUGAGUUGUUUAGAUAAGUUUCUGGCUUGGUGCAUCCUAUAUAGAGAGUGAACAAAUUACUGUUUAAUAGAAUAGUUUCCUUUAGAAAGUCCCUUGUUUCACAAAAUGGAGAAAAAUUACAAUUGCUAUGUUGAUUCUAAAGGUAUGAUUUAUUAGGACAGGAAAAGGAGACUAAAAAUACAUUUUUCUGUAUACAGAGUUUUUUAUAGCACUCCCCCAUCCCCUCCAAAAAAAGUUUUGGUUUUGGGGAAAAGACAGUUCCUUUACAUUCUUAUUAAACUAAUCUACUUAACUUAUUUUGAGAAACAAGGCCUUCCAAAAAUGAUUUAUUAAAGUAGAAGGUGAAUAAACAUUUGGUUCAAAUGGCUAAAGCCAUUUGUAAGAAAUCUAGACUAUUCUUUAUAAAAGGAAGAUUAUCUCCACCUAUAUGUAUACUUAAACAAAAAAGCAAAACUUAACAGCUGUUGGAGUUUGAAUAAAUUAUCUGGGGAGAAAAAUCAUACUAAUAUGCUAGAAACUGAUCAUUCUUGACCUUGAUAUAUAAUUACAUUUUGCCACUUAAGUAAACAAUAUAUAACUGCUUUUGUUUUUUACUUACUGUUUACUAUGACAUAAAAAAUUGCACAUAAAACAAAUGCUAGGUAAUUUUUAAAGUUUGAUCCAGAAUUAACAAGAACAGGGGACCAAAGAAGGGAGAUGGUUUUGGUCUGACAGUAGCACAGUGAUUGGUACAAAGAGUGCAUAGUAGGCUUUGGCAUGCUUGUGUUUAUAAACCCAGUGGAAUCACAGGUAACAAACAGGAAGUCUCAGAUUACAAAUCAGGUUGAUAAAAUUAACCAGAUAAAUCAUGUCAUGCACACAAAAAUAAUUUUCUGGGUUUUAAAAACAAAACUAGAAAAGAGUCUAACAAAAUACGGCAGUUACCUGCCAAAUUUUAUCCUCCCCACAACUAAUUUUUGAAAAUAUAAUUAGCAACAUAGUUUUAAGCUUUAACUAAAGAGGACUUGAACAAUAAUUAAGGCUAUUUUGUAUCUGCCAGAUUUUAUGGGUGUAAAUCAUGAAGUCUGUAACCUAACCUGAAAAAAGGCAUAAGGCUCCUAAUUUUCCAAAAUAGCUCAUUCCCAACAGAGGUUUACUAUGCACUGCCUGAGAAGGAUUAAAAAAAAAACCCUCCACUUUCUUUCGGUGUUAAUUUUUGAAAAAUUAUGUCUGGAAUACAUAGAGGAAAUCUGAGCAUGCUACGCAGUACUGCCUUGUAGUGACUUACAUGAUACUAGGCCAAAUAAAUUCCUGUUAUAAAUUCAUCAAUUAGACUUGUUAAAAAGUCAAGUGAUGGCCCUCAGUACCGCAGCUAUUUUUCUUACCUAUAUUUAAAAGGCAACUAAGAUCAACUGUUUAAAAGCAUUAAGUAGCUGGACAAAGUUGAUUUACCCCAUAGCCUAACAUUUUACUAUUGCUUAACUUGCAUUAUCACUAACUGGAAAAUGCAUCUAGUUCUGUGCUGAAUGAACAUUAAAAAUUUCAAAAUGAA